AUGAAUUUGACCGAGCGAGACAUUGUCCGUGACAGCAAACUAAAUCACCAACUAACUGUUAUACUUGCUGUACUGUCGUGCUUGCAUUUUAUCUUUCAUCAACAUUUAUUUUGCCUUAAUCUUUUUCAUACUGCAAUUAUCGUUAAAGUUUUUUAUUUGACAAAGUUAUCAGAUCGAAAAUUACAGUCGUAGGUAAUUAAUUUUGUUGCAUUGAUUAUAAUCGUUGUUGUGGUCUGCUAUCUGUCCUGUGCGUAUCUAUAG